AUGAUGUACGGAUCGGAGACUUGGGCAACCCCAUCGUGGGUGAUGGAGAGGCUUGAUUGCACGGAACGAAAGCUGCUUAGACGGCUACUUGGCUACUUUUGGCCAAGGGUAUGCCACAGUGAAGAUGUUUACGCAGAAAUUGAUGUGGUAUGUGGACAGUCACAGGUAGUGUCUAGCUCCAGGACCCAGAUCAAUACAAAAGAAAAAGUGUGGAUGACACGUGGAAGAUAUCAACAUCUUGCAUCGCCAUCGAAAAUGGCUAAAGUAAAUUGUCUUCGCUUCUUUGGUCAUAUAUUAAGGAGACCGACAGAUCGAUUUGUUCAACGAGUUCUGAAGAGUUUGUCGGGUGCGAGCUAG